CUAGUGCGCAUCUGCCUUCUUGUGUGCCUGUUUGUGUGUUUUGCGGAUGUGGGAGUAGAGCGAGGAGGGGGGUUGGUGGCUGUUGAUGUGCAAAUGUGCAUCAUGUUGAAGGGCUGUGAAUGGGGAGGUGUGACGUAAAAAGGGAGCCGAACGCAGGUGCUUAUCUCGAGGCUGUCAAAGGCACAGUAUGUCAUAUUCCUGGGGACUACCUUUCAAAGGCACAGCACCGGCUCAGCUAUCAAGACACUGGGAGAAAAUCAAACUUUUUGGAUCACAGCAUUAGAUAAUGAAUUACACGAUCGCCUCCUGAGAGAUAAAAAGUGUGAAAGCAUCGACCAGAGUGGACAGUGUGGAUCUGGCAUCUUAUCCUUCAAAGCGCUUGGAAAACAGUCAAAGAUGGAUUCUGAUGGUGAGGAGCAAACUCUGAAAACGUGUAGCACAGGGUUGACUGGCUGCAUUACUGAGACAAACAGCCCAUAUGGGUCCAUGGCGAGGAAGAGAAGUGCUCAGGAAGGGGUGCAGGGCGCCCCCGUCAACAAGAGAAAGUCCCUGCUGAUGAAGCCCCGCCACUACAGCCCCAGCGAGGCAUGUGAAGAGGAGAGCGAGGACCUGGCACCGCCACAGGACAAAGAAGAGCUGAGGAACAUUGACACUCCAGCAGAUGGGAACCUAAUUGCAAUCAAUGGGAUGGCCAACAGAAAUGACUUCCAUGAGGCAGUAGCAGCAGCAAAGUCCAGUGAUCCGCUGGGCUGGUCAGAAGUUACGUCUGAAAGCUCUGCACAGUGUGAGCCGGACACAGCUGAACCUAUGAUGGAUGAAGAUGAGGAGGAGCUCCUUAAUAAUGAAGAAGAAGACCAAAGUCAAGACAGGAGGAGCGAUAGAUCAUCUCCACAGAGUCCAGUAGGAGACAUGAGGGAAGCUGAAUGGGAGCCUUUGUCUCUGUCUGCUAAGGUGAAUGGCUCAGGCUGCAGUCCCUCAAGAGCCUCCGAAGACCUUUCACGCAGGAACGGCCAUUUUAAAGAAGAGCCUCAUUUAAAUCUAGGGGGGCUGAUGGGUAGAGCGAGCAUUUUUCAGGCCGAGGCUUUAAGAUACAGACCGCCCCCUGCAGAGGAGGACAGCGAAGGGGAGACAGAGGUAGAGAGGCCACCUCGGCUGGACAACUGGGUGCUGGGCCUCCAUGAGCGAGGCCUUGAAAUGGGCAGUGGGAGGGUGAACCUCAGUCUGUUGGAGCAGGCCAUAGCUUUGCAGACUGAGCAAAGACAGGUUUUACAUCAUGCCUACAGGGAAAUGGAUCGGUUCCUCAUGGAGCAGAUGACCAAUGAGAGGAGGCACCACAGGAUGAUGGACAUGGAGAGCAGACUCAACUACCAUGGAGGAAAAGAUUCUCCACGGACAGAUAAAAAGGACAUUAAGUGUCCAACUCCUGGCUGCGAUGGCACCGGUCAUGUGACUGGCCUUUACCCACAUCACAGGAGUUUGUCUGGGUGUCCUCAUAAAGUCCGAGUUCCGCCUGAAAUCCUGGCCAUGCAUGAGAACGUCCUCAAGUGCCCCACACCCGGGUGCACAGGAAGAGGCCAUGUCAACAGCAACCGUAGCACCCACCGGAGUCUCUCAGGCUGCCCCAUCGCUGCUGCAGUGAAAGUUUCCAAACCUCAGGAUGACAGCCUGAAAUGCAGACAAACACCUGACCGCUCACCGAGAGCCAUCGGCCUGAUUAAAAAGUUUGAGAUGAACCAUUUGAACUACAGGCUCUCUCAUCCAGUAGCAGCCUUGCAAACUAGCCUCACAAAGGACAUGGACAAGUACAGCAGAAUCCGCUUUGAUUACGCCAGCUUUGAUGCACAGGUCUUCGGCAAACAGCCUCUGAUGGGGACCAGCCAGGACCAGGAAAUGUCACACUUCCCUGAUUCACCUCAGCAGUAUCCUGGCUUCCUCGGGGCUCCAGGUGGCCGCCUGACCACCUCUGGUCAGCACAGCCCGCCGAGUCAAUUCAAAAAAGAAGACAGUCUCCAAGCCGAAGCAGCGACUGCUGCCAUCCUUAACCUCUCCACUCGCUACAGGAAGGACAUGGAGGCUGUCGCUGGCCGGCCCUUGGCAACCUCCACAAAGGACAUGUUAAUAGAAGUGGAUGAAAACGGCACCUUGGACUUGAGCAUGAAGAAAUGUAAGGAAAACGUGACAGCCCAGGUGAAAGCACCCUCGGACGAACUGCUGUGUCCUCCUGAGUCCACCGUGGCCAAAGGCGGGAGCAUGCUCAUUAGCCCCGCCUUCUACCAGCCACUGUGCGAGAGAGACAGCUGGGAGAGCGCCAUUCCUGUCAACUUCAGCAAAGUGCACAUUUUACAGGAGAACGAGGAGGAUUAUGACCAAGUUUCCUUGGAAGACCAGCACUAUCACGGCGACGGCGGCAUGAUGAGCCCCAAAACGAAGCUGCUAUUACGGGAUUCAAAGAAAGAGCUUCUGAGCUGUCCAACCCCAGGCUGUGACGGCAGCGGUCAUGUGACGGGGAAUUAUGCAUCACAUCGGAGUGUGUCUGGAUGUCCCUUGGCUGACAAAACACUCAAAUCACUGAUGGCAGCCAACUCUCAGGAACUUAAUCUUUUUGCUGUAAAAAGCACCUGGUCUCUGUGUCUCUCAACCUGCAGGUGCCCAACACCUGGUUGUGAUGGAUCUGGACAUGUGACUGGCAACUAUGCUUCACACAGAAGCUUGUCAGGAUGUCCACGUGCCAGAAAGGGAGGUUUGAAGCUCACACCAAACAAGGAUGACAAAGAUGAGCCAGAGCUUAAGUGUCCAGUGAUUGGAUGUGACGGACAGGGCCAUAUAUCGGGAAAAUACACAUCCCACCGCAGUGCAGGCAGUUGUCCACUUGCUGCCAAAAGACAGAAGGAGUCGUCCAUCAACGGGCUGCCCUUUGCCUGGAAGGCCAAUAAACAGGAACUGCCCCAUUGUCCCUUGCCUGGCUGUAAUGGCCUUGGACAUGCCAAUAAUGUGUUUGCCACUCACAGAAGCCUGUCAGGUUGCCCACUGAACGCACAGAACAUCAAGAAAAAACACUUGGAAGAAGAAAUGAUGACUAUCAAACUGAAAGCCAGCAGUGGUGUUGAAAACAAAGAAGACAUUCAACAUUUGGACCAUGAAAUAAAAGAACUGAAUGAUUCCAACAUGAAGAUAGAGGCAGACAUGAUGCAACUCCAAACCCAGCAGAUCUCGUCUAUGGAAUGUAACCUGAAGACAAUUGAGGAGGAGAACAAGAUGAUCGAACAGCACAAUGACAGCCUUCUGAAGGAGCUCGCUCGCCUUAGCCAAGCUCUCAUUAACAGUCUAACAGACAUUCAGCUGCCUCAAAUGGGACCCAUCAGUGAGCAUAAUUUUGAAGCCUAUGUGAACACAUUAACUGAUAUGUACAACAACUCGGAGCAUGAAUACUCCCCAGAGUGCAAGGCCCUCUUGGAUAAUAUCAAACAGGCUAUUAAGGGCAUCCAUGUUUAAGCUGUAGAGCUACCAAGAGGUUUCUUUGACUUGGAAUAAUGGCACUAGAUAGCUCUAUUUUACAGACGAGUGCUGGCUUGGCUGCAUGUAUAAGACAAGGCUUUUGGAAAUGUUUUCACUGUUUCCUGGUAAAUGAUACACUGCACUGAGAAAAUGACCAGCUGGAUUUGUAACGCUUUUACUGUUUCUGCAUUCACUUGAUAUGUUUAUCCCGGUGAGAUUUUUACCCCCUAUGGCACUUAAUUAUUUUGUAUGGUUUACUUGGUUUUAAUCCGUACGUGUUCAUGUCAUUCUUAUAUUUAUCACUAUUUAUUAUUAUUAUUAUUAUUAUUAUUAUUAUUAUUAUUGUUGUAAUUAUUAUUAUGGUAUCUGUUCAUCAGUGUAUUUAUUUCAUCUGUUUUUUUUUGUUUGUUUUUUAUUUAUUUUCUGGAUAUUGUAAAUUGCUUAAUAUCUGUUUGACUUUCUGCACAUUGUAAAUUACAUGGAAGCACAUUCCGAUUUUAUGGCAUACUUUCGCCAUCUAGUGUUGAAAAAAAGUAUAUUAUUAUUUAUUAUUAUUAUCAUUAUUAUUAUUAUUAUUAUUAUUAGACCAUGAGUUGGAUCUCCCUUCAAAGUAAAAACAAAAAAAGCCUACCAAAAUUAUGAAGCAUCAGUAUUUUUAAGCAUUGUUUUUGCUUUCUUUAUUGGAAACUGAAUGUAUGGUGAGACAUAGCGAACGCUACGAUAAAAACUUAAAAAGAAAAUGCAAUGCAACUGUACUGUACCCUUUUUUUUCUUCUCGACCAACAACAGUUGAAUGCAAACUCGGAGGUGACACUGAGCAAAACAUGCAACAACACUCAGUGACCUGAAUGUCAAAAUUAUGCUUUGCAUUGUGUGCACCACAAGAAGAGUGAAUCAAAAAAGAAAAAAAAAGAAGAAUCAAAAAUCCACUUUGUCAAGAUGUCUUUCUUUUAUGAAAAUAUAAAUAUUUAACUGCCUUCUGUGCACACACUCUGGAGUGUGCAUAUAGUAUGUGCCUAAAUGUAUAUGAAUCCAUAAAAAUAUACGAGUACUAUGUUUUGUGGUAGGACAGUAUUAUGUGGAUGGUGUCUACUUUAUUCUACAGUACACUUAUUUUCAUAGAAGGAAACGUUCCUGAUGACUGUUUAAACACUGUUGUCUCAGUAGCUGUAAUCUCAGAAUCAUGUCGUCAUGACUGGGACUGAAAAGUCUGGUGUUUUGUUUUCACUUUUGCUAGCACAGAGAGAGGGAGGGAGGGGGAUAUGAAAGAGUGACUUUUCCAAAAGAAAACAAAACAAAUCAUCUGCUCCUGUUUUAUCUGAAACUGCUUACAAGCCUUAACAUUUCAAGCCAGUCUUUUCUUGACAGUUUGACUAUUCUUGUAACGCUUUGGGGACAGAUUUGAAUCGUAGCAGUUUUAAAAACCAACCACAACUUGCAUUUUCAACUCCAACCAUUAAAUGCAAAAAAAAAGGGGGGGAGGGAAGGGAAAGAAAUGAAAACCGAGACAAAUGAUAUUCCUUAGCUAAUCAGUUGUGUGUUUUGCAUUAAUUGCACUUUUGUAUUUCGAUUAUUUCAUACCUUUGUGUUCGCCACACUGACUUUGACUUUCGACAAACUGGACACUGUAUCGUUGACGUGUCUUAAUUUUACACAAGGAAAAAUUCAAGUAAGGCAUUGGAGCAAUACAUUUUUCCAUUUCUGCAAAGGGAAGUCAGAGACAUGUAGCCUGUGACAUUUGGAAAGAGAAAAAAUGUAACAGCAAAAGAGCCAAAUCUGAGGAAAAAAAAGAAGUAAAGCCCUAUUUGAUCCAAAUACUCGAUAUGUUUUAAAGAAUUUCAAUCUUUUAAUAAAAAAAAACCCCUAACAAUCCUUUAUAUAUAAUUUCUAAAAGUUAAUUCCUCUACCAUACAUUGUUUGCUCAGGAAGUUUUGUGAAUAAUAUUUAUUUUUUCCCUGUUAGUAUUUGAUGUUUUGUAAUGUGAAAUGCUUUUUUGUGGAACGAUAUUAGUAUGAUAUGAAAUUGUAUUGUAUUUCCUUUCUUUUACAUUAAAAUGUAAUGCUCUCUCUCUCUCUUUUUUUUCUCAGUUGACGUAGAUUGUAAAUUGA